AUGGAAGAAAUGUCAAGGGUUAGGUCACUGAAGGGACUCUUUGAAUACACUACCGAGCUAAUACAUCUGUAUAGUUCUGGCUCAGUCAAACCUAACCAUCACUUUGUGACCCAUGUUGGUGCUUGUGUGCGCAAUUUUGGCCCUCUUAACAAUUUCUGGACUUUCCUGUUCGAGCGCCUCAACAAGUUGUUGAAAUCGUACAAGACCAACAACCAUUCGAACGGUGCACUUGAAACAACCUUUUUCAUGGAGUUUCACAGGACUUGUGAGCUCGGACGACUGACGUACACAUUACAGCAUUAUCCUAAGGAUUCCCUUCCAAGUCAGACAGCAUCAAUCAUGCUGAAGGCCUCCAACGACGAGAGGGGAACAGUAGCUGGACUUGCAGCAUUGUCAAAAGACCUUGAUAAUGCUGGUGCAGAUGCCUUCCACUCGAUCAUGACAGUCUUUUUUGACUAUGUCAUGAUUGAUACUGUUGGGACAAACCGUUCUUCUCUCGUUUAUGUCAUCAUCCCUGGUACAACUGUGAUUCAUGCAUAUGGCGAGGUUCUCAAAAUAUUUCAGUUUAAUCAAAGGUUUCAUAAUGUGGAUGACUCACUCUGGUUUGCCCGCAUGUGCUGGUUCGUACCUUGGAGGGGAGAGCAUGAAAAAGUUUGGGAUGAUUUGAUAAAUAUUAAUAUUCUUCUACCCAGCUAUUCAGCUGAUGUCCACCUAUGGCAACUGGGAGAGUAUAAGAGCCAAGAGACCCACCCUUAUCAACCCUGA